AUGACGAUUGACGAUAUUGACAAGUACGAUAUUGCUAGAGCACUAGAAGAAGUAUCAUUUAUUAAUUCUUCUAGAUCGUCUCUCAGAGACGAUGACCAAACCAGCCACAAAGUAGUAAGUGGUGUAUAUUAUACAAAUUGGUCCCCAUACAAUGAGUUAGGCCAUUUUCCGAGAGAUAUUAAUUUUUCCAAUGUCACUCACAUAUUUUAUGCUUUCUUUCAUGUCGACGGCAAUACAGGCAGCCUGAAAUCCACAGAUUCAUGGUCAGAUUUCCAGAUACCAAUUACACCUUUUGAAGGUCAUCCAAAUCAUCCUGAAGGUUGUUUAGGUGAAUUAUUUAUUCUCAAACUACAUCAAAAUUUUAAGGUCUUGAUGUCGGUAGGUGGAUGGUCGAACAGAAAAGAGUUUACCCAGGCUAUGCAAGAUGAAGAUAAAGUUCAAACUUUAGCUAAAUCAUGUGUGGAAACUAUGUUCAGGUAUGGUUUCGAUGGAAUUGAUUUGGAUUGGGAAUACCCAAGAAACAAUGAAUACGAACCAAGAAAUUUUGUACAUUUAGUUGAAAACAUUAGGUUUGGUCUAGAUGCCCUUGAGGCUAAUGUGUUCAAUACACCCAAGAGAAGAUUUGAAAUAACAAUAGCCACUCCUGGUACAGAAGAUAAUUUACAAGGAAUACGGUUUAACCGAUUGAUUCCUUUAGUAGAUUAUUGGAACGUAAUGGCCUAUGAUUAUUAUGGAGAAUGGUCAAACAGAACAGGGUAUCAUAGUAAUUUGUAUAAUCCUGCUUUUCAAGGUACAUUUUCAAGUUCUGAUACUUCCGAAGAAGAUCAAGAGGAUGACGAAGAAGAAGAGCAUAGUCUCAGUGCAAGUGGAAUAAUUUCAAUACUUUGUAAUAAGUAUAAAAUUCCAAGAAAUAAAGUUGUGAUGGGAGUAGCAUCAUAUGGCAGAGGGUUUACGAAUGUUGAAACUAAAUUGAAUAGUGCGGCAUAUGUUGGUAAGAAAUAUCAUGGAGUAGGAGGAAGUGGACCUGAUAAGGACGGCACUUGGAAAUACAAUGAAUUACCAUUACCUGGCACAGAAGAAGAAUUUGACCCAAUGUAUGGUAGUGCAUAUUGUUUCGAUAAGGCGACUAGAACGUUUAUUGGUUACGAUAAUUAUCAAUCAAUCAAAAUGAAAGGUGAAUACGCUUGGCGGAGUGACUUAGCAGGUAUAUUUAUGUGGGAAUCAGCUGGUGACGACUACAAAUACCCAAAUUUAUCACUAUUGGAGAUAUACGCGAACGAAGUUCAUUAUAGAUUGAAGAAAGAACGAUCUCCUUUUACAGAGAAACCAUUGAUUGAAUUCUAUAUUAAGAGGUACCCCAAGAAUGGAUUUCUUACCAGAUAUCUUAAAACAAUACUUCAAAGUAUUGGAUAG